GUGACCCGGAAGUUUAAGCCAGACGCGGCCUCGCUCCAAAUCUCGGUGCUUUUAAAGUAGGCAACACCGCACUUCACUCAUCACCUCGCCGGGCCUGUAUAUCUGCAAUUUAGUUGAGUACCGAGUGCUGGUCCUGUUCCUUAAGACAUAAUCCGGAAACGAAACCCUGAGUAACCGGAAGUGCUUGUGAGCAAGCAGCUAGGUGUGCGGAAGGAAAGCCGUGCUGGCGGCUUCGGAGGGGAAGUUCUGAGCCGGUGCUGCGGGGCUGGAGCACCCGGGGAGCGGGGAGAGAAGCCGCCCGAAAUCCCGUGAGCCCUAGAGGCUACUUCAGUGGAAGUAUUUUCAUUAGUUACGAGAAAAAUGACUACUCUUAAAAGUUUAGAAACCAAAGUGGUCACAGGUGGAAGUCAGUUUGACUAGUGUAAGGAUUGCUGCUUCGCCUCCAAGAGUGAAGAAUCAGGAGAAUUGGAGUUUUGCAUUCCUCAGCAUCACUCAGCAAUAUGGAGCUGGUACCUCCCUCUUGAAAGGAGUUAAUCAUUCAUGAAUGUGCCCUGGAUUGCCCAGCACAGAUGUAAUAAAGGUUUCUACACUGUGUCACAGGGAAAAAUGGAAUUAUGAAAGUCACCCUGACUCCAACCCCAAUCCGAGGAGCAGGAGAUGGAAUGGAAACUGAGGAGCCCCCUAAGUCUGUUGAAGUCACCUCUGGAGUCCCGCCCAUAAAGCAACGUGUUCUUCAGAGUCCACGGAAGAAAGUUCCCUCAGACAGCCCAGGAGUUCUUCAGCUAGGGAAGAUUCUUACUGAAAAAGCAGUGGAAGUUGAAGCUGUGAGAAUAUUUGUUCCCAAAGCUGCUAUCACUCAUGAUAUCCCCAGCAAAAAUGUAAAGGUUAAGUCUCUGGGCUGUCAUAAAGGCGAGCUCAGUCAGUCAGAGGGAGUUCCAGAACCUAGGAAGGAACUCUCAGAAGUAAAGAAUGUUUUGGAAAAGCUUAGGAAUUCUGAAAGAAGGUUACUUCAGGACAAAGAAGGCCUUUCAAACCAGCUCAGAGUACAGACAGAGGUAAAUCGUGAGUUAAAAAAGUUGCUGGUCGCUUCAGUUGGAGAUGAUCUUCAGUAUCACUUUGAACGUCUAGCCCGGGAAAAGAAUCAGCUUAUUUUAGAAAAUGAAGCCCUGGCUCGAAACACCGCUCAGCUUUCUGAACAGCUAGAACGUAUGUCAAUACAGUGUGAUGUGUGGAGAAGUAAAUUCCUUGCAAGCAGGGUAAUGGCAGAUGAAUUAACUAACUCCAGAGCAGUUUUACAGCGUCAGAACCGAAAUGCCCAAAGUGCUAUACAAGAUCUCCUGAGCGAACGCGAGCAGUUUCGUCAGGAAAUGAUGGCCACCCAGAAGUUUUUGGAGGAGCUCUUAGUCUCCUUACAGUGGGGAAGAGAGCAGACGUACUCACCCAGCACACAGCCCCACAGCACGGCGGAGCUAGCACUGACAAAUCACAAGUUGGCAAAAGCAGUAAGUGCUCAUCUUCUGGGAAAUGUUGACAUUAGCAGUCAAAAGAAGAUUCCAGCAGCAGUUGAAUUCUGCAGCACUCCGGCCGAGAAAAUGGCUGAAAAGGUUCUACAUAUUUUGGAUCCAGUUACCUGUACAGAAAGUUCGCCUGAUAACCCAUUUUCUGAAUCUUCACCAACCACUUUACUUGCUGCAAAGAAAAAUAUUGGACGUUUCCAUCCCUAUACAAGAUAUGAAAAUAUAACUUUUAAUUGCUGCAAUCAUUGCCAGGGAGAACUUAUUGCUCUUUAAUAUUCACUGUGUUGGAGGCAUGCUUAUUACCCAAGUCAUUAUUAUUUGGGAGCCAGGGUUCUUAUAAUUCUAGAAAUAAAAUCAGUUCAUCUUUAUAUGUUAUAUAUCCACAAAAAUAUUUCAUGUGCUGGAUUCUAGAUUAUUUUUUCUUAAUAAAUAUCUCAGGGUUAAAAAAAAUGAGUAGAUAUAUUAAAGUAGAAAAUAUUUCCUUGGCAAUACACAAUGUUUAUGCUGAAAGACUAAGAUUUUAUAACUACUUUUGGUCUUAAAUUAUUUCUCUUUUAUAUAGAGAUUUCAUUUU